AUGUCUCUUACCUCUGUAUUUCUAGUUUCCAACAUUCAUUGUCCAUCUUGUGUCUCCCAUGCCCAGCAUGUUCUACGUGAUAUCCCGGAUCUUCAUUCGCCGCCUCAUGUUUCCUUGAUUGAGCACACAAUUCGGGUCAAACACACCAAAUCAGAAACACAACUUCUCAUCUUGAACGCCCUACUUAAGGCCGCGUUUGAAGUUCAUCAUGUCACGACAGUGGACUCAUUUGGACGCUCCACCGAGGAGUACGAUGUCACUCCAGAACCAGCUACCUCUUCCGCUUCUCGUUCCACCCGGCUCAUGUCUAAGGUACAGCGGAAGCAUAUCAAAAAUUGCCAGGCAUGUCAACGAGAUCCAUCUCAGGCCAAGAUCAAAAAUAGACCCAGGUCCGCCCCGGCAAGUGCCUUGCACUUACGGGACUCCAACAGUGUCUCGAUGAGCAUCGACACUCCUAAAUUCCACAAGCAAUCAAUUCCCAGUCUUGACGGCACUAGUGACUUCCCAACCGCUCUUUGUUACACUGCUACAAUCUCGAUUGGUGGGAUGACUUGUUCGUCUUGCUCCACAACCAUCCGAAAGGCUCUCGGCGAUUUAGCCAUCGUUAAUUCGGUGGAUGUCAAUCUUGUGGCAAAUAGUGUUGUGGUCAGCUAUAUGGGCCCUGAAGGAAAUUUACAGCGAAUCGUCCAGGCAAUUGAGGACUCUGGGUACGAUGCAACAACCCACCACAUUGAUCAUGACGACAGUACUCUGGACGAAAGCAGUACGCUUUUCAGAACAUCACUCAGUAUCACGGGCAUGACUUGUGGUAGCUGUGUUGGAACUAUUUCAAAUGGUGUUGCUGAAUUGGAGUUCGUUCGCUCAGCUGAUAUUGAUCUGGUCGGAAGUAGAGGCACAGUUACAUUCAAAGGUCAAGACAACCUCAACGCCAUCCUAAGCAAGAUCGAUGAUCUAGGCUAUGAUGCAGUUGAAGUGGAGACCAUGCCACUUUCUGGUCCUAGAAUAACUCAGUCUACGGAAAGAAGUGUUCAGAUUCAAGUUAUGGGCAUGUUUUGCAAUCACUGUCCGGAAAACCUCAAAUCUUCUUUCGCUGGUAGUGCCAAUCUCCAACAACACACCUUCAAAGUGACACAAUGGCCCACAGUCAAUGAUCCCAUGAUCACAAUCACUUACAAUCCGGCUCCUCCGAAAUUGACGGUACGGGAGUUUAUCAAGACGAUUUCAGAUACUCAUGAAGCAUUCAGUGCAAUUGUAUAUCACCCACCCACCUUGGAAGAAAGAUCUCUUCGAAUGCAGCAAGCGGAGCAAAAGCACAUACUUUUGAGACUGAUCUUCACUGCAGUGGUGGCCAUACCAAGUUUCAUCAUUGGUAUUGUCUUCAUGAGCCUUGUGUCAAAGUCAAAUCUCACCAGGAAGUGGUUCGAGCAACCUAUCUUGGGUGGAAAUGCCAUGCGGAUAGACUGGGCACUUUUCUUUAUCACCACACCGGUCAUGUUAUAUGGCGCCGAUAUUUUCCAUCGUCGAGCAUUAAAGGAAAUCUGGUCCAUGUGGCGACCAAGAAGCACUGUUCCAUGGUUGCGAAGGUUCUAUCGAUUUGGAAGUAUGAACCUUUUGAUCAGUGCCGGCACUUCGGUGGCAUACUUCUCUUCUCUAGCCGUCCUUAUCGCUGAUGCAACAAGUGACCCUAUGCCGACCCAUGACGAUCGUUCCGCGAAUUCUUAUUUCGACACAGUCACAUUCCUUACAUUUUUCAUCCUCAUUGGCCGUUUUUUGGAGGCAUACAGUAAAGCGAAGACUGGAGAUGCUGUUGCCAUGUUGAGCAAGUUGCGACCAUCCGAAGGCCUUCUAGUUGAACAGGGCUCAAACAACCAGUAUGCCAUUCUUCCUGUGCCUGUCGACCAGUUAGAGAUCGGUGACGUGGUGCAGGUCCCUCACGGAUCAUCUCCUCCCACGGAUGGUGUCAUAGAACAAGAUGGUGCCUUUCUUUUCGAUGAAAGUUCAUUGACUGGCGAAUCCAAACCAGUGAAGAAGUCUUUAGGCGAUGAUGUCUACUCAGGCUCCGUCAAUGUUUCAAGCCCUGUCAGAAUCAAAGUUACAGAAAUUGAUGGUACAUCAAUGCUUGAUCGAAUAGUCAAUGUUGUUCGCGAUGGGCAAGCAAGAAGAGCGCCGAUUGAGAGGGUGGCAGAUGUUGUGACGGGAUACUUCGUACCUGUGAUUACUCUGCUCGCGCUUCUGACUUGGGUUAUUUGGCUCUCGUUGGGACAAUCAGGAACUCUACCAUUGGCUUGGCUUGAUGUGGAUCAGGGCGGCUGGUCAUUCUGGUCCCUCAAAUUCGCCAUUGCCGUCUUCGUCGUGGCAUGUCCUUGCGGAAUCGGCUUAGCUGCACCCACUGCAUUGUUCGUCGGUGGUGGAAUGGCAGCCAGCCAAGGUAUUCUGGUCCAAGGUGGUGGCGAGGCGUUUCAAGAUGCUUCCACUUUGAACACGAUAGUAUUCGACAAAACCGGAACUCUAACCGAAGGGCAGAUGAAGGUUACAGAUUUUGAAUUGCUUGAAUCAGAACAGCUGAAAGGUCUACCCAAGACUGCUAUUUUUACCAUGUGCCAUAUAAUGGAGAACUCCAGCACUCACCCGAUUGCCAAGGCAAUUGCAGAGUAUACUACCCAGACAGUUUCAACCCUUCAGCUUGAAAGUUCUGAGCUCAAGGAAAUACCUGGUCAAGGAAUGACAGGCACAUUUUCCCUCAAGCAAGACUCUAAAACAAUAGUUUAUGAGGCCCUCCUUGGAAAUGAAGGAAUGCUUCACUCACUGAAUGACGACCUCGAAGAUUCCAGUUCAGAUUUGGUGUCAACACCAAUAGAGAAGCAGUCCAAGUCACUCUCAAUGAGCAAGGAUUUCUUUGUCAGCCCAGUUCUGCAGAGGUACCAAGCACUUGGGCGAUCUACGUCUAUUCUUGCGAUUCGGAAAGUAUCGAAUGACUCGAAAGAACCACGGGAGGAAGGGUGCAAAUUCAGACCUGUUGCAAUCUUCGCAAUUGCGGAUCCAAUCCGUGCCGAGGCAGUGAAUGUGCUUGAAAGUCUACGCUCACUGGGUCUAGAUGUCCAUAUGUGUACUGGAGACAAUCAUACUACUGCUCUUGCCAUUGCAGCUCAACUCGGCAUACCGGCCGGGAAUGUUCGUGCAGGCGUCUUACCACAAGACAAAGCCGCCUAUAUCCAAGAACUACAAGGGGUCUCGCCGAACUACACAACUAGCGCUAUCCGAAAGCGCAGUGUCGUUGCGUUCGUGGGUGAUGGAACAAACGACACACCAGCUUUGUCAGCUGCUGAUGUGUCGAUCGCCCUGGCCUCUGGAUCAGACGUUGCAAUGACCACCGCCUCCUUCAUCCUCCUCAACUCAGAUCUGAAAACAAUUUUGUCGCUGGUGAGGUUGGCCAAGAGAGUGUUCCUCAGAGUCAAACUCAACUUCGCGUGGGCUGCUGUGUACAAUAUUUGCCUUAUACCAGUGGCAGCUGGAGUUUUCUUUGCGAUUGGUGCUGACGAUAACCAUGGUGGAUGGAGACUGGGUCCUGUCUGGGCGAGCGCCGCCAUGGCAUUGAGCAGCGUCAGCGUUGUGGCAAGCAGUUUAGCUUUGAAGCUGCCCGAGCUCACACUGAGAAACAAGCAGUCCGAAUAG